GACCCAGACGCAGUGCGGACCUCCCGGCGGUAGGAGGCGAGGACAUUAGAGACCACGGAGCGCCGCCAAGGUCUUCGUCGCCCAGCAACGAGAGACCGGAGCGAAGGCUGUAAUUUUUGAAUUGCCACUAGCGACUUUAAUUUCAUCUUCGCGUGGUUUAUAAUGGACAUUCCGUCCAUCCACCGGUGUCUUUGGCUUUGUGCUGAAAAUGAGCACUUGCAAAGAAAACUCAAGAAACACCGUCAGAAGAAUGAACUGCUGGAGACUCAGCUUUUAGAAAUCCAGGAAAAACUUCGUUUGCAGCAGCUGAUGAGGGAUUUUGUAACCACCAGAGAUGCUCAAAUACAGACGGAACCUCAGCAAUGGCAUAGAACUGGCUUUAAAGAGGACAAUGCUACAAAGGCUGAUGUAAAGAGGAAUCAGCUAUUGCAGACAUACAAUGCCCUUCAGAAACAAUAUGAAGAAGAACUUAAAACCAUCAAAGAGCAGAGUGAAACUAUUUCGAAGCUCACUAUCAUGAAUCAUGAGUUAGAGCUACAGCUAAUGACCUGUAAGCAAAAACUUCAGCAGCUGCAGCAGACACAAAUGGAGAGAAAGCAAAGAAUGUCUAUGCUGGAACAAGACUCUACAUCUUGCAAACGUAUGUCUGGUGGUGCCAGUGCUUGCUCACCUGGCUGCAUUAACAUUGAGCUCCUCUUCAUGGUAGAAAGACUGCAAAAGGAAAAGGACAGACUUACAAAGGAGAAAAACAGCUUGAAGAAUGAGUUGGCUGGACUGGAUAAGGGGUUCUUUGAAGAAAUUGAAGAUUUGAAGUAUGCUCUGCAGGAAUCUGCUAAACUGAAUAAAGAAUAUGAGAAGUGUCUACAAAAGAUGUGUGAAAAACAUGGGCUUCCAUUUAUACAGCCAUCAUAUCCGGUGGUCACAAAAUUGACAAAAUAUAAUUCAUUCAUUAAUUAGUGAAUUAAUUUUUAAGAAUAUUAAAGUCUGUUUCUAUAGCAAUAGAAUAAUUGAGCUCCAAAGGCAAAAAUAAAAGUGAUAAAACAUGAGGCUGGAAAUAUUCAGUGAGAGAUAGGAGAAAACCAGUAUGAGAGGAAGAACAGCAGUCCAAACAGCAUCUGAGGAGGAGGAGGUAGCAAGUUAAUCUCUGAAUUUUGCCAGUCACCUGAGAGAACUACUUUAGGAUUUCAGCAAAAAGAAAAGAUUCCCAACAACAUCUAGAUUACAUGGCACAUAUUUUUGCAAUGUUUGAAGCCACUAUGUUCUGAUUCAGAGUGCUACCACCAAAUUUAGGACAUUUCUUCAUUGCAUUAUUUUCAAAAGCACUUCCCUCUGGUAUUUUGGCUGAUAUUAGGAUGACAGCAUUGUGCUUAAGUUACUGGACCAGUAUUUAGGACUACUAAUCUGAUGAAGCUGACUUGUCCUACAGCACUGGAGACUUUAAAUUCAAAUCAUUAAAUACAUUUGGAAUAAAAAGCUAGGCUCAGGGACUGUGAUCAAGAUUAUUCAAUUAUUAAGGAAGGAAAACUGUUGAAUUUGUCUGGACUGCUUUGUGUGUUUCUACACCCACAUCAAUGUGGUUGACUCCCAGCUGGUCCAUAAAGUGCCUUAACAGAUGCUCAAAUAUUUACAGUGCCAAGCAGCAACAAUAAAUGCUGGCAACCCCAGUGACACCCACAGCCCAUGAUGGUGCCAAUAUAGAGAAAAAUUCUGGCUGGCAUUGUCCUUCAUUUUUUUUGUCUUGUGUUCCAAUAAAGCAGCUGGUUAAAGCCUGCUUUGUGAUGUUAAUGAGGAAACAAUGGAAUAAUUGUGAAUUGAUCUAAAUUGUGUGCAAUAACAAGUAAUUAUUAACAGGUCUGAAGUUCCAUGGGUUUGCUUUGAAAAUCAUUGAUUUUCAUUAAUGAUCUGGAAUAGGUUUUGGAAGUUUAGACUAUCAAAACCACAAACAAGGGUUAACAAAAUCAAAAUGAACAUGAUAGGUAAAGGCAAAUAUGACAGCUGUUAUCUUAUAGUGCAAACAUGCCUUUGAGUCAGAAAUUUGUUACUAAAGCUGCAGGCACUAAGUGCUUAUAAGUUGCUGCACCAUUAGAGGUCUCUCCAAUACAUCAUUAAGCUGAACUCACUGUCUCCCCACACUAAUAUGUCACUCAGUGGGUUUGUGGGGAGAGCCAAAUUAACCAUCCAAAGAACCACACACUGAUUUUUACUCACUUCCUCCUAACUGCUGCACUAAUCACCUUUCAUUUGUUCCUUCCCACCUUACUUUCACCCAUGCUCUUCGGGUCAUACACCAAUACAACAUGGAAACAGGUCCUUUAGCCCAAUUGGUCCAUGCCAGCUACAGCUUCCACCUUGCUAGUCCUAGUUGCCUGCAUUUGGCCCAUGAUCUUCCAUUCUCCACCUCUCCAAAUGCCUUUUAAAUGUUGCAAGUGUGCCUUCCUUGACUACUUCAGGCUGCUUGUUCCAAGUGAGGAAUAUCAUCUAUGUGAAAAAGGUACCUCGUGGGUCUCUUAAAUCACUGCAUAUUACAGAUCCUUUGGCCCACAAUGUUGUUCCAACCCUGUAACCUACUUUAAAAACUGCUAGAAUUUCCCUAGUGCAUAGCCCUCUAUUUUUCUAAGCUCCAUGUACCUAUCUAAGAGGCUCUUAAGAAACCCUAUUGUUUCCGCUUCCACCACUGCUGCUAGCAGUGCAUUCCAUGCAUCCACCACUCUCUGUGUGGAAAACAUACUCCUGACAUCCACUCGGUACCUUUUCCAGACACCUUGAAACUGUGCCCCCUUGUGUUAGCCAUUUCAGCCCUGGGAAAAAGCCUCUGACUAUUCACAUGACCAAUGCUCCUCAUCGUCUUAUACACCUCUAUCAGGUCACUUCAUGCUCCAUCGCUCCAAGGAGUAAAGGCCAAGUUCACUCAACCUAUUCUCAUAAGGCAUGCUCCCCAAUCCAGGCAACUUCCUUGUAAAUCUUCUCUGCACUCGCUCUAUAGCAUCCACAUCCUUCCUGGAGUAACG